AUGUCGUGGAAUUCUCAAGAUUUUUUUUCUUCUUCUCCAUAUAAUCAACAAUAUACUGGAUCGAUAUCUUAUGAUUUUCAGCAACAACAACAACAACAACAACAAAAUUAUUCUCUUUCUCAACCAUAUACUCAAUAUUCAAAUGAUAAUUUUAUACCAUCACCUUAUAAUUUUAAUUCUCAAGUAAAUAAUAAUCAAUUUUAUUAUCCAAAUCAUUAUAUACCACCAACAGCUACUUCAAAUCAAAAUGAUGAUGAACCACCAUUAUUAGAAGAAUUAGGUAUUAAUUUCGAUCAUAUAUUUAAAAAAACAAAAUCUGUUUUAAAUCCAUUUGCAAUACCAGAUUUAUCAAUUCGUGAUGAUAUUGAUCUUGCUGGUCCACUUAUAUUUUGUCUUAUAUUUGCAUUUAGUCUUUUAUUAUUUGGUAAAAUACAUUUUGGUUAUGUUUAUGGUAUCGUUACAUUAGGUACAUUUGGUAUGUACGGUUUAUUAAAUUUAAUGGCAUCAUCAGAUAAAUCAUGUUCUGGUUUAUUUGUAAUAAGUGUACUUGGUUAUUGUCUUUUACCAAUGGUUAUUCUAUCAUUUUUAUCAUUUUUAUUUAAAUUUAAUAGUUUUAUUAAUAUAAUACUUACAAUAAUAUUUAUUCUCUGGUGUUCAAUAUCAGCAUCAAAACUUUUUACUAUAUCAUUAGCAAUGAUUGGACAACAAUUACUUGUUGCAUAUCCAUGUGUUUUAUUUUAUGGUGUUUUUGCUUUAUUAACAAUGUUUUAA